ACUGAGCCCCCAUAUCACAAACCAACGAGAUAUACAAAGUUCAACAACAGGAUCCAGCUUUACUCUGAUUAACUCGCGUGACAAUUUAAUACUCAACUAAAUAAAAAUUAAUAAAAUUUAUUCAAUUAAUUAUAAUUAAUUUGUGAAUAAUUUAUCAUUAAAAUAUAAUUAUUUAUUUUCAUUUUUAAUUGUGUAUUAAGAUGAUAAAAAAUUAAGAGGACACGCGUCUUGUGAGAGAAAAAGGUCAUGUGAGUGUCGGAGAAAAAUAAAAAUAAUUAAACUCAAAGGUCUCUUUUAUAUUUAAUAAAUUAUUAUGAUUCUUGAUGUAAAAAAAAAAAAUGUGCUUAAAGUUUAUUUGUUGAUAUAAAAAUGUACUUGAAAAGGUGAAAUGUUGUCAGUAUAAAUAUUUCGAAAUAGUGUCUUUUUAUUUAUGUUGAUGAUGAUGCUGCUCCACUUGAAGUAAGAUAUUGUCUGAAAGACAAAAAAAUAAAAACGGAUGACAUAAGUUCAAGGAGGAGAUUAAUCAAUUAUCAGUUGCAAAUCUGAAACAUAAAAAUAGCUUGAAUAUUUAUAAAAAAUUGUGAUUUUUAAAGCAUCAUUACAAACGUUUAAAUUGUUGAAAUAAAUUAUGUUAAUAAAUAAUACAAUUAAAAAAUUAUUUAAAUGAUAAAAAUUAAAAUAAAUUAAAUGGCGAAUAGGUAACACUUGUUAAUACACCGACAUAAUUUCGGUGAUGAAUUUGUGAUAGUUGUGGAUAAUACCGAUUAUGACGGUAAUGCCUGAUAAUGAUGUUGCUGAUAAAGCAGUCUCAACAGAGGAUACCUCGGUGGAGAUAAUACGUCUUGAUGCAAUGUUAGCAGCUUUGGUUGAGAGUAAAGUUGAAUCAAUGAAAAGAGAUUCAUCAAAUUCAUUGAAAAGUAAAUGGGAAAGUAUUGCAGCAACAAAUCAAAAUAGAUCACGUUUAACAUCAUCAUCAACAGCAUCAUCAUUUUAUUAUCAUCAUCAACAUCAUUCACAUGACGAUAAUUAUCAAGAUUAUCAACGUAAAAAUUUAAAAAAAAAACGUGAUUUCAAGGAUAAUCAUCGACGCAGACGUCAUGAUUCAGUACCAUGUGAUAAAUUUAUUGAUGACAUUCAUAAUGGACAUCACAAACGUCACAGUGGUUCAAAAAGACGAAGACGAGCUUCAGAAAUGCCUCGUUCAAGUUCAAGAAAACGUGAUCGAUAUUUGCAAGAUGAUGUACUGCAGGAAGAUGUUCAUAUGGGUCUUGAUUCGGCAAUUGAAUUGUACAGUCUUAAUCCUGAUUUAACACUCAUUAAUUUUGAUAGAACCCGAGAGACUAUUAACGACACCAAUGAGUAUCCAAGACUUCAUAAAAAUACCUAUUUUUCACAGAGUAUGGCACAUUUAAAAUUUCAUUAUGAUGAUGAAGAUUAUGUGGCAUUAAAUUUGGAGGAUGAACUUGAUUUAGAUUCAUUACAAUCAUGGAAUGAUCAUUCAAAAGAAUUAAAAUUAAAAACAGAACGUUAUCAUCGUUCACGAAGAAAGCGUAAACGAAAACGUCAAAGAGUUGAAGAUUUAAUGAUGACACAAGUACCAGAAGUUAUACUUGUUAAUCAUGAUGAAUUACCAUCACGUGCUAGAUGGACAAUUGUUAUCACUGCCUGUAUAUUAUUUGCAAUGUCGUUACUACUUGUUGGUGUUACUCUAAGAAUGGCACCAAUUAUCGAUGAAAUGGUUCGUAAAAAAAAUGAAGAGUUAAUUAAUUCAUUAAAUCGUGAUAUGUCUGUGCCAGAAAAUACCACAAUUAAUACAUAACGUUUAUAGAAAUAUUUUCACCAAAAUUUUAUUGGAAAAUUGCCAAAUUAAACAAAAGUGGAUUCAAUGUACUCGUAAUUAUCAAGUUCACAGAAUAAUAAUAAUUUUUUUUUUUUGCUUUAUAAUUUUCAAAGUCAGAAGAAACAUGUAAAAAUAUACAUUCAACGUGUGUUUUUUAAAAAAAAUUACAAAAAGAUCCAAAAUAAAUAAAUGAAAAAUAAUUAAAAACAACAUUGACUUACCAUUUUGUCUUUCAGCCACAACGAAUAUACAGAAAAAAAAUAUGUGUGGAUGAUUUAAACUAUAAAAAAAAAUAAAAAUAAAUCAUCAAACAGAGACAAAAAUAAAUUGAUGGACAUUGACCUGAUUGAAUAUUUGGAUGAAAAAUAUAUAAAAGUAAAAAAUAAAUUUGAAAAAGUUGAAAAUAAAAAAUACAUAUUAUCAUAAAAUAUAUUUAAUAUUUAUAGAAUAUUUAUUGAUUUGUAAAAAUAAUUUAUCAAUUGAAAAAAAAAAUCAAUAAAUCAAACGAAUGAUUUGAAAAUUAAUUGAGAAUAAUAUUUCUGAUUGAUAAAUAUUAAACAACUUGUUGAUGGACAAUUUAUUUUCUAAUUAGACAAUAAAAAGACAAAGUGUUUGAUGGAAAUUAUACUGGCCUAUAGUGAAUUGUGUAUAUCAAUUUAAAUAUUAUCUCCACGUGCAUUAAAACACAAUGAAUUAAAAUGUGUCGUGUCUUAUCAUAAGUUAUUAUCAUUUUUUUUUUUUUCUAAUUAUAGAUUUAUUAAGCGUGUUGACACGUUUGUUAUACUUGUGAUUAUUAUUUGAUGAUAAAAAUAGUAUAUAUGUUAAAUAAAUGAAUAAAAGUAAAAAAUAUUUAUAAAUUAAUUAAAUACAAAUUAAAGUGGCAGGCUU